CACCAGAAAACAAUGAAGAACCGCUCGCCCUCCCCGCCGGUGCACGUCCAUGUAGAUGAGAGCACCCUACAUCUCCAUAUUAAGAAGGGGCUGAAAAACUCCUCCAAAGUACAACAGAAAGCAACCAAAAGUAAAUCGAAGAGCGACGUGGGCAAUUUACGGCGCAGCGCUAAGGUGAAGACCAGGGUCCCUUGGAUCCCCCCAGGAAAGACAUCUAUGCGUGAUACAGGCUAUAAGUGGGAGGGACUGACCCAUCGCUUGGAGAUCACCCCUCCGGACAUGGAGAAGAUGUUGUCAGCUCUGCGUAUGAGUGACCUGUCCACCGAUGAAGAGGAAUACAUGCGCAGCAAGAUGAACUCCUACGAGAAGAAGAUUGACGGCUUGAUGUCUGAAGUCGGGACCUUGAAGAACCAGGUGGAGCAGCAGAAAAGGGACCACUCCAUAGAGAGAUAUGAAGAGCGACUGGCAGCGUCCAAGAGGGCGCUGAGUGCCAGGAACGAAGAGCUGAACGAUGCGUCUCUGGAACUGGAAGAGACAGAGAAUGAGAACUCCCGUCUGCGGAGGAGCAUCGACCGAAUCAAAGAAGAGACCGACCUUACUUUGAGGGAGAAACAUCAUCUGCAACAAGAGAAGACCCAUUUGCUUUCAAAACUGGUGGAAGCCGAGAUGGACGGGACAGAAGCUGCAAGACAGGUUGACCAGUUGCGAGACACCAUAAACCAGAUGAGACAUGAGAAGAGAAUGACGAGUACGGACUUUAACAUGCUCACCCGGCAAAAGGAAAUCCUGCUGGAAAAACUUAAUACAUUCGAAGAGACUAACAGGACCCUGAGGACUCUGCUGAGAGAACAGCACUGUAGAGAGACCGAGACACAUCGACUGCUGGAGCAGAAGGAGCUAUUACUUAAGAAGCUAUCGGAUGCCGACACGGACAGAGCGCAUCUCCAGUUGAGACUUCACGAGAGAGAGAAGGAGCUGGAAGAUCUCAGGAUUCAGCUGCAGACAGAGAAGGAUCUAUGCAGGACGUCCACUGAAUUUUCUAAAUCUCUAGAAUCGACAAGGGCUCACUUACAGGGGCAGCUGAGGAGCCGGGAGGCCGAGAAUAAUCGACUAUCUGUCCAGCUGAGGAACAUGGAGCACAGUGAAGUCCGACAUAAAGAAGAACUAGAACUGCUGACUGCACAACUGAACGAGCUCCGACAAAAACUGGAGUCUGACAAAGAAGGUUUAAAGAAAUCGGCCCGAGCCCAGAAACAUCGAGCAGAGAAAAGCGAGGAGGCCGUGCAGAGGCUUAAUAGUCAGCUCAUUGCUAAGGACGCCGAGCUUUCCUCAGCUCUCUCCACCAUUGACGCCUUGAAGAGCCGCUGUACGACGCUGACAAAAGAGAGAAGUCAGACGGAAACCGAGCUCAUCCUGCAAAAUGACCGCCUGACACAACUGUUAGAAGAAAAGCAGCGUGCAGAGGAGAAGGCCCGCUCUGAGCGCGAGUCUUUAGGGGACAGACUACACCAGCAGACAGCAGAGAACACCAGCCUGCGCCUGGAGCAUGAGAAGCUUAAGACGCAACUAACAACUGUGGAGGAGAAGCUGACUCUGGCUCACAGCGAGGUGCAGCAGCUCCAGAGUUCUCUCCGGCAGUACGAGGGUCUCGUAGACACCUACAAAGAUCAGAUGAAGAGGACGCGUCAGGAUGCCGAUCAGAUGAGCUUACAGCUGGAGAGAUCUGACCUAGAGAACAAGAAUCUAAAGGAGGAUCUGAACAUGGAGCUAGAGAAGGUCCAUAGACAAUUUCAGAGUCGCCUGGAGGAACUAGAGAAGCUCCCGGAGAUGCUUAGGAUGACGGAGCUGAAGCUUCAGGAAUGUCAGGACCAUCUGCAGGGAUACGAGAUAAAGAACGCCGAGCUUUCCUCCACCAUCUCUGAUUUGCGCAUUCGGAUGGAGCAACAAGGAGACAAGAUGGAGUCCACGAGGGAUCGCUACCAGUCCGCAAUGGAAGAGAAUAAGCUUUUAGCUCUGAAGCUGGAAGAAUUAGAAAGGAGGCUUGAAGACUCUGGAGCUCAGAACCGAGAACUUCUACAAGUUGUGGCCAAACGUGAAGAGACAAUCCAUCAGAACCAGCUGCGUCUAGAGGAAAAGACCCGAGAAUGCGCUUCCUUAUCUCGCCAGCUGGAGGCGGCCAUUGAGGACUCCCGUAGACAGGUUGAGCAAUCCCGGGAGAGAGUCUCCUCCAAAGAGAGGGUAACGCAGUCCAAACUCCUGGAUCUGGAGACGCAACUGAGUCGGACCAAGACGGAAUUAAACCAAUUUCGGCGCAGUAAAGAAGACGCUGAGCGAAGGUUUCAGAGUCGCCUUCAAGAUCUCAAAGACCGACUGGAACAAUCGGAGAGCACCAACCGCAGCAUGCAGAACUACGUCCAGUUCCUAAAGUCCUCUUACACCAACGUAUUUGGAGAGGCUGCUUUAUCCAGCUCGCCCAUCCGGCCGCGAACCCCUCUAUAAAAAGGAUGAAUCGGAAAGCGCAAAGUUUUUGCUUUUCAAACAAUGGGCCUCCAGCUGUUUCAAAACUAAAAAUCCCACCGGAGUACCCCUUUAAAGUCG